UUAUAAUUAUAAAUGGUUAUACAAAUUAAAUAACAAAAUUAUAUUAUAUGAUGAACAGUUUUAAAUCAUUGGACUAGAACUUAUGCAAAACGUUACGUUUACGGAAAGAUAAUGGUGAAAAAUAAGAACGAUUUUUAUAUUUGUAAAUAUAUAAUAUAGAAAUUCAAUAGUCACAAUGUAAAUUACGAAGAAGUUUUGAUUAGCGCGAUUUAAGCAACUUGGAACAAUAGACGAUAAAUAUUACAAAGUAUCAGGAACUACUCUUCCACAAUAACCGUGCUUCCAUUUCUACUUUUAAAAGAUGCAAUCGGGAACGUGGUGUAUAAAACCCGGUGAUGCUGUAACGCAGAGUUAUUUCAGUUUUGAACACUUGAAGAUUAGGACGAUCUGCCAAUGAUUCGAAAGGCAUUAUUACUAGCAACGAUGCUGAUAGGAAUUCGAGGCGAACCUCAAGGACCUGCUUAUCUUCCUCCUAGUGUAUCUCGUCCUCCUGGUACACCUGGAGGCGGGACAGGACAUCCAGACGAAUGGGCUGGGGAUCCAGCAAACUAUGAGUUUUCAUACGAAGUGCAAGAUGCUGUUGCUGGUUUAGAUUUCGGUCAUCGUGAAAUGCGAAAAGACCAAGAAGCAACUGGUACAUAUCACGUUCUACUUCCCGAUGGUAGAACGCAAAUAAUUGAUUACGUUGCUGAUAAUGCUGGUUAUCGGCCAAUGGUACGAUACGAAGGAACAGCAACUUAUCCAGCACCAGCACCGUCUGCUGGCGGUGGCGGUGGUGGCGGAGACGAUGGUUAUAGAUAUUAAUAAUAUAAUUACAUAAAAGAAAAUUGUAUUAAAACACUUUGAAUUUUAUUAAAUUAAAAAUUAAUUUUUUUUAUUAGUGAACACAUCAAAUCGGAGUUUGCGAAAUCACAUUGGUGGUACAAGCAAUUUUUAAAUAUUUCGAUAACUCCGUCAUUAUUUGUGUUCCAAUUGUUUCUACGUACACAUUGAAAGUUUGUAAUAAAUUUAUUAAAUAUUACAACGAUAUUAUAUACGAUAUACAUGCUUUGUGAAAAUUUAUUAGACAAUUUAUUGGAAAAUGAAUUGGAAAAUUUAUUAGAAAUUAGCGUAUACCAAAUGCGUUGAUCGCAAAAUAAAAUGUAGCGACUUGUGUAUGUACAAGAUAUUUAAUAAUGUAUGUAUGCAAUGUAUUCUGAAUAUCGAUAAUCGCACAUCGCACAAUAUUCAGAGUCAAAAAGCUGCAACAAAUUUCAACGGAUAGAUAUAUUGAUGAAUAUUGAAUAUUGUGGUUAUAUAUGUCUUCAUCGAGAAAAUGCCGAUAAUUUAUAAUUAAUAAAAAAAGGUGAAUAUUUAUUAUUUCUAUAAUUUAAUAAGGAUCAUGUCUAAUAUUGCAUCAGAAUUUGACAAAGUAAUAGAUGACAAAAUGAUAACACCAAGAAUAUCGAAAGUUACAAACGUUCGAGAAUUUAAAGAAGAAACUAUGAUAGAAAAUCCAUUAUCUACGUUAAAAUUAGAUAAGGUUUGAUCAAAUUUAUGAUAUUAUCAUCAAUAAUGUAUGAACUCAUAAAUAUAUUACAUGAAUCAUUUAACUUGUACCAUUAAUUAUAUCGUCAUCAUGUUAAUUAAACUAAAUAAGUUCGAUUCUUUUCCAAGAUCACUAUGAAAAAAGUACAAGAUGUAAUCGAGGUAGCCUCCAAAAAAGCAAAGAUUUUUUGUUACGACGAUAUCCUUGCGUUUCGUCCUAUCUUAAUAAAAGAAUGCGAUUUAGGUGUGUCACAACGUUUCUGUUUUGGAAAAAUGAAGCAAUAUGCCCAAGGGUUACAAACGUAUGGUCUCCUAGAUGUGAGUAGAAAGAAGUUUUCUUUAAAAGACUAUCUUCCUACGUAAAUUUAUCUUAUUUAAUAAAUAACGUAUCCGUUAUUUUACAUCGAAAUGAAUUUUAUUUUACUGAAAGGAUUGGGAAAAACGUAUCAGAAUGUUGGUGGCACCCAAACUUCAAGAAAAAUAUAAAGAAAUUUUCGAAAUGCAUAUGAAUGAAGCUAAGGAUCAAUAUUAUCGAGACAUACACAAUAUGUCGAUCAAUUCCGUGAUUGCUAUAGAAUGUCAGGAACCUUGUAACAUCUUAGAUUAUACACUCUCGGCACCAUUUAAACUUCUGGACCCACCAGAUUUUUUUUCUAUUUACCGAAAACAGCGCUAUAAUUUUGCUAAAAAAUAUUAUUUUUCCCAUAAAUUAAUGAGAAACAUCGUAGCUAAAGCUCAUAUAGUGUUCCGUAAUUCUAUAUGCGAUUUUCGACGUUAUAGGUCGCUCGG